UUCUAACUAGCCAUUUCACAACAUCCAGACAGCGGAUCGCAGCAGCAGCAGCAGCAGCUUUUCACCCUCAGGGCUCUUUUCUCCCCGACGUCGAGCAUAACUAACAAUUUGGAUUCAAAGCGCUGGAUGAGGGCAAUUACUGGACUUAAUGUCUCCUUUUUCCGAUCGACCAGAUAGUCAAAUGAGUUAAGCAAUGGCUGCAGAGAUCUGAGUCUGGAGGCAGAGAAGUGGCUGUUUAAAUGAAUCCCAACUAAAAAAAAAAAAAAGAAAAAGAAGCACUUUCAUUUCACCGAGAAGACGAAGCGGUGGACACCAUGCACAGCUCGGCGGAUUUAACACUCAGAAAGCCACUGAGUGCGUUUGAUUUGGGAUUACAGUGACACACAGGAGGAGUUUUUUCUUUUUUAAAAAGAGGGAGAUUUUUGUAGGAAGUCUUGCUUCUUCCUCUCGCUCCUGUUCGCUGUCCUCCUGGUUCCUGCAGGACUCCCAGAGUCACUGAGAGCCACAUGCAGUCGCCAAGAGAGCUUAUUGUUGUGAUCUUCUUACCCACACAUCAGACCUUUCUUUAUGGCGUAGUGGGUCGUGCAAGACUGGGUCGUCGUCGUCGAACAAGUCUGCACAUUGACUUGUAAUCUGAAACUUUCUGAGAAGCAGAAGGGGGUUUUAAGGGCAGAAACAGGCAGCAGUGAUUGGUUCAGUGUGAGUCCAACAGAGAGGCUGCACCUUCCUCUCGACACUCCCCUAGAAGAGAGACAGAUUAACAACACUUACUCACCGGACAGUGAUGAGCAGACGGGACGGGGACUUCAGACCCUCUUUAUGGACUUUUUACUUGUGUUCGGCGGCUCUAACGCUUCUCCUCUUGUCCGUCCUUUAACCGGGUUUGACCAGGGAGAGGAGUGAAGUGCGACCCCGAGCUGGAUGGAUGGUUAUGGGGAAAAGAGGAAGACCCUCGGCGCUUGACGUGUGCAGAGUCCUCGCGGUGUUUCUCUCACUCUUCCCCUCCGUGAGUCUGCAGUGCAAGAUCCUCAAGUGUAACUCUGAAUUUUGGGCGUCCACCUCGAACUCUGGCCCAGAGGAGGAGUUCUGCACAGCGCUGCGAGCGUACAACAGCUGUGUACGCCGGACCGCGCGUACCUGCAGGGGGGACUUGGCGUACCACUCGGCCCAGCAUGGCAUAGAGGAUCUAAUGAGCCAACACAACUGCUCCAAGGAGGGGCCCACAUCCCAACCACGUGCCCGAACCCCAAUACCUCCUCCGCCCCCGCCGCUCCUGCCCGACAGCCAGGAACGCUCCGACGGCCCGGAAGUGUGCCACUAUGAGCGCAGUCUUCAUCGCAACACAGCGCCGCCCAACUACACCCACUGUGGCUUCUUUGGAGACCCGCACCUCCGAACAUUUGGCGACGAUUUCCAGACGUGUAAGGUGGAAGGAGCCUGGCCGCUCAUCCACAACAAAUACCUGUCUGUCCAGGUGACCAACACUCCGGUGGUGCCGGGGUCUAUGGCCACUGCCACAAGCAAGCUGACAAUCAUCUUCAAGAACUUCCAGGAGUGCGUGGACCAGAAGAUGUACCACGCAGAGACGGACGAGCUGCCGGCUGCGUUCGCAGACGGCUCCAAGAACGGAGGGGAUCGGCACGGAGCGAACACCCUGCGCGUGGUGGAGAAGGUUCCCGGGCAGCACGUGGAGAUUCAGGCCAAGUACAUUGGAACGACCAUAGUGGUGCGGCAGGUGGGCCGCUACCUGACGUUUGCCGUGCGGAUGCCGGAGGAAGUCGUGAACUCUGUGGAGGAAGGCGUCAACCAGGACUUGUACCUGUGUCUUCACGGCUGUCCCGCCAACCAGCGCAUCGACUUCAGGAACUUCAAGGCUCGGGCGGCGGACGGCGCGAGCAGGAGCGUCGGCGCCGCGGCACACGGCUUCACCUACCAGUCCGCCAAGGCCAAGUGCAAAGAGCGGCUCCCAGUGGAGGACCUGUACUUUCAGUCCUGCGUGUUUGACCUCCUCUCCUCUGGAGACAUAAACUUCACCAUGGCAGCCUACUACGCCUUCGAGGAUGUAAAAAUGCUCCACUCAAACAGCAAAAGAUACCACCUCUUUGAAAAUAAUAUGAAUAAUGCAGCACGGCGGGGCAAAGAUUUCCUCUCGCUCCUCUUCCUCAACGUCCUCGCUGUGUUAUUUUGGAUUGAGUGUAGCGCAGUUCAUCUAUAAACCCUUUUACAACAGUAUCCUCAUGGUGUAUCUGUCGUUGAGUGUUAGAGUACCAUCGCUGUGUCGUACGUCGGCUCCUCUCUUCUUGCUCCGGUUCUGUGACGCGGCCGGCGGCUCGGUCAUCCCAGCUCAUUUUAGUAGUAUUGUCAUGUCUCGGAGUUCAGCCUAGUUCAGCCUAACGACGAGACGAGGUCACCGCGCUCCCACCUAUCAUCACGUGUAUUUAGCUGGUUCAUAGGACUGGUCUUUGAUGAGAGCAGCGGUGAGAGAGCUCCAGCCACUCCGGAGCUCAGGAUAUCCACCUGGGAUUAAAUCCCACAUUCUCACUGGGGCCCGCAUGCCUAUGGGAAGCCGGACAAGAUGAUCUUUUGCAGAAAGAAGAGUUUGCUGAUCCUCCCCUCCCCUGAUCCACUCAUUGGUGCCAAGCCAGUGAAGCUCUCCGUGGCUCAUGUGGCGAAGCGAGAGGACCUGACAGGGGCUUUUGUUAACCUAAGGCCAGAAGCAGCUCUAUGUUUGAUUAGUUUCCAGCUUUGGAAAAGCCUGAGCCUUUUUGGAGGAAGCACUCAGCCAAAAGGAUGUCAGAGCAGCGUCUCCAGUUGUCUGCUGUGGAGAUUAAUGGGUCAUAUUGUUAUAGGUUGUGUGUGCGUGUGUGUGUGUGUGUGCGUGUGCAUUAGUACAAUAUGUGUGCAGAAUUCAGCGUCUGUGGUUAAUUUUCGUGAGUGCAGUGGGAGAAAUCGUUCCCACGUCUUUUCUGUUGCACCCAAAAAAUUUCAGAAAUAGAAAAAAAGACGAACGCGCUUCACAGUCUGUCAAAUUGGCCUCUAUCUGCCAAGUGGCAAAUCCCAAAAGGGAACUGAUAAAAAUAAUCUCCUUUCAGUGUCAUACAGCCUUUCACUCCAUUGUUUUGAGCUGACAUGUUGAUCAGACAGUGUUUUUUUGUAUUUUUACGUCUGUAAUGUGAAUGUAGCUAACGAGAAAAAGCAAAAGAACAACCUUUAGUUAAGGGCACUCGCAGAAUGUAGAUCCACCAAUCAAGCUAAGACAACCUCCUUUGAUAGUGUGAAUUUAAACUCUCCAUUUCAAGUCUCGCCUGUGUAGAUACUGUUAGUACUCGCUGUAAAGACGUCAGCUUAGCGUUUUAUAGACUACCAGUGUGCUGACCUGACUGUGGCUUAGUGCGUAAACGAUAAGCAUAUGUCGGUAGACAUGAUUUCAUGGCUUAAAUCAUUGCCAAAGAACAAGCCCUCGUGCCAACAUUUCCCCUAACAACUCAGUCGACUUCAGUCUUAAACAAUUCACACAUUAGGGGGAUUCUUUAACUGUAUAUAACUUGUGUUUGUGGGUGAAUUUGCAGUACAGUAACACCCUGUAAAAGCAGCAUUAGUUUCCGUUUUGAGGCUGCCUCACCUUUGCUUUUUCUAGCGUCUCACGAUAACACUUUCCAUUUGAACUUUGGCUCUGGGCUGCAGUAUCUGGUAAUGUGUAAGUCAUCCCUGUAGAUACGGUUACUACUCGGGCACAAUCAUUUAUCCUUUACACUGAAGUAUUUGGCAGGCCUUUACUACUGCUAUUUGGAACACGUAUUGGUGCAGUUUGACAACAUACAAAAAAAAGAAACAUACAAAUGAUUGUAAUGUUGAAUCUUGUGUUAAUAGAUGUAAUUUGUGUUGUGAGUUUUACAGUAUAUGGUUCUACACGUGAAAUGUGAGAUUGUACAUAUGUUUUUGUGAGUUUUAAAUUUGUAUAUUACCAGUUGUGUUUUGAAUUUAUCACUCCUGUUUUUGUACAUCAGAUGUUUUGGUGAAUGUGAACCUUUUUUUUAUUUGAAAAGGGAUUUUUUUUUGCGAAAACAUGAACGCCACAGAACAAAAAUAUUCUUUACUGUAUAUACGGUAUGCUCACCUGGAAGUGAUGAGAUGCUGGUUGUCAUCACUUUAAAUAUAAAACGUGCUGAAUGCAGGCCAACUUAUCUAGAAGAGGAAUGUAGGAACAUGUUCUGGGGUGUUCAUGUUUUUGAGUUUAAAGCACUUUAUGUUUUCUUUUCCAUUUAGCUCUUAUGUUGUUUGAAAUUCUGUGUCAGACUUGUAACAGUAGAAAAAGAGUUUAAAUAAAUAGCUGAAUGGAAAAUGCCAGAAAGAUCAAACUGUGUUUGUAUGUAAAGCAAAAUGUGGUGCCACACCACACGCCAGCUGUUUAUAAUGUAAAUUAUUUAUUGAAUAAAAGAAAAUGUCUUGUUAA